UUGCCCCAAAGCAGGAUUUCCCGUUGCCAAGCCCUGGGAGGCUCUGAGGAAGCGGAAGAUGUCCCAGGAGGCGCAGGCAGGUGAGGAGGAAGUGCUUGUCCUUCCUCCCCCAGAGCAGGAGCUGAGGCUGGAGAGCAGGGAGGACAAAUCCCCGGGGCAGAAGCUCGUGGCAGAGGCCGUUUGGAGCGGCUCCACGGCGCAGGAAGGCAACGGGGAGGAAAAGGCCCGGAGAUGCCGCACGAGGAGGGGCUGCAAAGGCAGAUGGCGGCGAGCUGAGGGGGAAAGACCCAGCCUGGGCGGGGAAGGCGGCCGGAGAUCGAGCCAGAGCUCUGAGCUGGUGCUCCAUGAUGGGGAGAAGCCCCACGUGUGUGAGGAGUGUGGGAAGAGCUUCAGUUGGAGCUCCAGCCUGAUCCUGCACCAGGUGAUCCACACUGGGGAGAGGCCCUACGAGUGUGGGGAGUGUGGGAUGAGCUUCAGGCGCCGCUCUCACCUGAUCAGGCACCAGGUGAUCCACACCGGGGAACGGCCCUACGAGUGUGGGCAAUGUGGGAAGAGCUUCAGCCGGAGCUCGGGCCUGAUUGAGCACCAGAGGAUCCACACAGGGGAGAGGCCCUACGAGUGUGGGGAGUGUGGGAAGAGGUUCAGCCACCAUUCCGCCCUGAUUGUGCACCUAAAGAUCCACACUGGGGAGAGGCCCUACGAGUGUUCUGAGUGUGGGAAGAGGUUUAAGACCAGUUCCUAUCUCCUGCUGCACUAUCGGAUUCACACAGGGGAGAGGCCCUUCCGCUGCCCCGACUGCGGGAAGGGAUUCAGGGACAACUCCACCCUCGUCCAGCAUCAACGCAUCCACAGCAGGGAGAGGCCCUACGAGUGUGGGGAGUGUGGGAAGAGCUUCAAACGGAGCUCCCACCUCAUCAGCCACCAGGUGGUCCACACCGGGCAGAGGCCCUACGAGUGUGGGGAAUGUGGGAAGAGCUUCAGCCGGAGCUCCAGCCUGAUCCAGCACCGGAACAUCCACACAGGGGAGAGACCUUACCAGUGUGGGCAAUGUGGGAAGAGCUUCAGCCACCACUCCACGCUGAUCAGGCACCACAUGAUCCACACCGGUGAGAGGCCCUACGUGUGCUCCAAGUGUGGGAAGGGGUUUACGAGCAGCUCCCAUCUCCUCCUGCACUAUCGAAGUCACAUGGAGGAGAGGCCCUUCCUCUGUCCCGACUGCGGGAAGGGAUUCAUGCAGAACUCCCAACUCAUCAUCCACCAGCGCAUCCACACUGGGGAGAGGCCCUACGAGUGUCCCCAGUGUGGGAAGAGCUUCGCCAGCAGCUCUCACUUGACUAAACACCAAAAGAGCCACCAGUAAGGGAAUCCCUGCGAGUGCCCAAGUGUGGGAAGAGCUUUUUGCGCUGCUCCAGCUCCAUCCCCCUCUGGAGGAGCCACGCUGGGCACAGCCCUGGUGACCCACAUUCCCUGUGAUUUGUGGUGGGAACACACCUGGCUGCUUCUCCUUUUGCUUUGGCCUUAAUUUCUUUCUCUCCUCCAUGUUGUUCGUUGCCAAGACAGAUAGAUCUGUCAUCUCAAAACCACUCAAAUCCCACUGAAAAAAAUUCAAGCUUACCCGAAAAGGGCUCAAUCCCACCUCAAAAAGACUCAGUGCCAUGCCAAACCCACUCAACUCCACAGCUGCCAGGGUGAAAUAGGGUUGGGAGGAGAUGGAGAGAAGUGGGAUCCCAAUUUGGAGCGGUGGGAUUGUGGGAUUCUGUGGCACUGGGUGUGUGGGAUGUAUUUGAUAGCAAAUAAAACUCUCAGACUUACUAAUUCCUUUUUCGUUCCUUUUCCUUCCGCGGCAGUUCUGUGUGCAGAGUGCCGCCUCCCAGAGUGUCCCCUCACGGCUGCCGCCCUUGGCCUGAGCCCGCCCCUUU